CCGCGCCCACCCCGCGUCGGAGCGGAGGAGGCGGUGGCGCCCCCGCCCGCCCGGCCUGGCUCUCGCCGCCGCCGCCGCCGCCCCAGCGCCCCGGAGCCGCCGCAGGGCGCCGCGGGCCCGCCCCUCGCCCGGCCCCCGCCCAUGGCCUCGCCCCGCCGGCCCGCCGCCUAGCCGCCACCGCCGCCCCGGGCCCCGCGCCCGCCCCGCGCCGCCUGACCCGCCCGCCCGCCAGGCCCGAGCCGCCCGCCGCCAGGAGGCCGGUACCCGGGGCCGCUGCCCUGCCCCGCCCGCCCCAGCCCGUGCCCAGCCGCGGCGCUCCCGUGCACCCCGGCCCGUGCGCCCCUGCCCGUGCACCGCGGGCCGCGCUCCCCUGCACCCCAGCCCGUGCACCGCGGGCCGCGCUCCCCUGCACCCCAGCCCGUGCGCCCCGGGCCGCGCUCCCCUGCACCCCAGCCCGUGCACCCCAGGCCGCGCUCCCCUGCACCCCAGUCCGUGCGCCCCAGGCCGCGCUCCCCUGCACCCCAGCCCGUGCGCCCCAGGCCGAACCCGGCCCACCCGCGCAGGAGGCCGGUACCCGAGGCCGGGCGCCCCCGUGAGGUCCUGCCAGUGCACCCCAGCCCCGAGCCUCUCUCCGAGCGCCCCCGCCCGAGCCGCCCAGUGUCCCAACUCCCCCAGUUGCUGUGCCCCUGCGCCAGUGAUCCAGCUCUUCCAGCUCCUUCAGCUCCUGCCGGUGUCCCCGCUCCCCGGCUCCCGCCCUCGCGUCUCCAGCGCCUGCCACCCAGCUCUCCACUCCCCCGGCCCCGGCCCGGCAGCGGCGGCGGCAGCGGGCCCGGCCCGGGGCGGCGCGGGCGCGGGGGCGGGGCGGCGCGGCGCGGCGGCGCGGGGGGCGCGUGGAUGGAUCCGCGCGUGGCCUGGAUCCAGCCGGAGCAGAAGGGGCCGGCCAACGCGCUCUGGAUGCAGAUCUGGGAGACGGCGCAGGGCGGGGGCCGCGGCGCGGGGCUGGCCUCCUACCUCUGCCUCAACUCGCCCGCGCUGGAGCCGGCGGGGCGCGGCGGCGGGCUGGCGGGGGCAGAGGACUCGGCCUCCCCGGGCCCCCCCGGGACCCCCGAGCUGCUCCCGGCGCUCGGACCCGCGGCCGACGGCGCCCGCCGCCUGCACAAGUCCUCGUCGUCCUCGUCCUCGUCCUCGUCCUCUUCUAACGCCGAGUCGGGCACCGAGAGCCCCGGCGGCUGCUCGUCGUCUAGCGGCACGUCCUCGCUUGGCCGGCCCGGGCCCCGUGGCGCCGCCUGCUGCCCCCCGGGGCCCCCCGCGCCCCCCGGCCCGCACCGCCUGCACCCCGGCCGCCGGAAACGCGAGAACAAGGCCAGCACCUUCGGCCUCAACUACCUGCUGUCCGGCAGCCGCGCCGCGCUGAGCGGAGGGGGCGGCCCCGGGUCCCAGGCGCCCCGGCCCGGCACGCCGUGGAAGAUCCGCGCCUACAGCCCGGGCAUCCAAGGGCUGCAUGAAGAGAUCAUCGACUUCUACGACUUCAUGUCCCCCUGCCCCGAGGAGGCCGCCAUGCGCAGGGAGGUGGUGGCGCGCAUCGAGACCGUGGUCAAGGACCUGUGGCCUGCGGCCGAUGUGCAGAUAUUUGGCAGUUUCAGCACGGGACUCUACCUGCCGACCAGCGACAUCGACCUGGUGGUCUUCGGCAAGUGGGAGCGCCCCCCGCUGCAGCUGCUGGAGCAGGCCCUGCGGAAGCACGGGGUGGCCGAGCCGGGCUCCAUCAAGGUGCUGGACAAGGCCACAGUGCCCAUCAUCAAGCUCACGGACCAGGAGACGGAGGUGAAGGUGGACAUCAGCUUCAACAUGGAGACGGGUGUGCGGGCCGCUGAGCUCAUCAGGACCUACAUGAAGAGAUACUCGCUGCUGCCGUACCUGAUCCUCGUGCUGAAGCAGUUCCUCCUGCAGAGGGACCUGAACGAAGUUUUCACCGGAGGAAUCAGCUCCUACAGCCUCAUCUUAAUGGCCAUCAGCUUCCUGCAGCUGCACCCCCGGAUCGACGCCCGGCGUGCGGACGAGAACCUGGGCAUGCUGCUGGUGGAGUUCUUUGAGCUGUACGGGCGCAACUUCAACUACCUGAAGACGGGCAUCCGGAUCAAGGAGGGCGGUGCCUACGUCGCCAAGGACGACAUCGGCAAGGCCAUGGCCAGUGGCUACCGGCCGUCCAUGCUGUGCAUUGAGGACCCCCUGCUGCCAGGGAACGACGUGGGCCGGAGCUCGUACGGGGCCAUGCAGGUGAAGCAGGUGUUCGACUAUGCCUACAUUGUUCUCAGCCACGCGGUGUCGCCCCUGGCCAGGUCCUACCCCAACCGCGACUCGGAAAGCACCUUAGGAAGGAUCGUCAAGGUGACUCAGGAGGUGAUUGACUACCGGCGCUGGAUCAAGGAGAAGUGGGGUGGCAAGGUGUCCCCGGCGUCCGACCUGGACGGCCGGCUGAAGGGAAAGGAGCAGCCUCAGCUCCGAGAGCCCAAGCCCCCCUACAGCCCGCGCCUGACGCCGUCCCUGCCUGGCCCUCAGCUGCUGUCCUCUGGUUCCUCUGCCUCCUCCGUGUCCUCGCUCUCAGGAAGUGACAUCGACUCAGACACGCCCCCCUGCACCACGCCCAGCGUGUACCAGUUCAGCCUGCGGGGUCCUGCCCAUCUGCUGGCCAGCCUGCCCGCCGCCCUGCCCCUGCCCGGUGGGAAGCCUCAGCCUGCCGUGUCCAGGACGCUUUCUGUCACCACCAACACCCAGACCCGGUUCACUGUCCCUGCACCCACGUUCGGGGUGGCACCCGUCCCCUGCCGACAGGCGGCUGCGGAUGGGACCCCAGCGUUGAAGGCGGUCCACCACGUGUCGUCCCCGGCCAUCUCGUCUGCGGCGACAGACCCUCUCUCCAGCCCCCACCUCUACCACAAGCAGCACGGCACCAUGAAGCUGUCCCUUAAGGGCUCCCAUGGUCACGGCCAGGGAGGCAGCUACAGCUCGGUGGGCAGCCCGGGCGUCCGUCCACCCGUGGGCCCCAGAGGGCAUCAUCAGUAUAACCGCACGGGCUGGCGGCGGAAGAAACACGGCCACACUCGGGACAGCCUUCCGGUCAGCCUGAGCAGGUAGUGGCCGGUCACCGCCUGCGGUCACACCCCUCCUGGAGGCCCCGACGCCCGCGGGCCUCACCCAGGGGUCAUCGUCCAGCCUCCGCUUCCACCGCUGCCGUGGCUGCUGUGCCCGGUGCAGCUCUCGUCCCGCUGUGGGGACCCCGGGGGCUGGCGGGCGGCCCUGUUCUCCCUUCACUCCCCCCCUUUCCGGGACUGUUUUCUGUGUAAAUAACUGACGACUUCUAAUUUGUGCAAUAACUCCAGAUAAUUUUUUAAUUUAAUUUACUAUUUUCACAUAAGUUAUAUGGAAGGGGGGGGUGAGGUUUUUUUGGUUGUUUUUCUCGUUUUUUUUUUUUUUUCUUAAUUUUUAAACACGUGAGAUCCUUUCCCAAGCCGCAUUCCCUGAAUUGGGUUCAUCAUCACAGAAGAGGAGGAGGAAGAGGAGGAGGAGGAGGAAGAAAGGGGCGCUGGUUUUUAUGCCUUUACUUUGGAGCUGGGACAGCCGCAGGGUGCAGGGCUCUGCCGACUGCUGGUGCCCAUCCAUCCAUCCAUCCAUCCAUCCAUCCAUCCAUCCAUCCAUCCCUCAGGUCUGGUGGGCCUCUGGCUCCAGCCUUGGGGUUUUAACAUUUUUUUUGGAAGGGUUUUUCUGUUCUUUUUUCAACUUGACCACGAACCCAGCAUUUCAGGAGCCAGAAGCUGUCCCUCCGUCUUCCAGCCGUUCCCUGGUGCAGCGGGAGUGUGGAGAAAGGAAUUAAUGUUGAUUCCGUGCGGGAAUCUGGAGCCUUCUGCCUUCGUUCUGUUAAGAGCGAUCUAGAAGUACUGAAGCUGCUUGGCGUGUCCUUGGGGACUGGGGGGGGAUUUCCUGCACCCCAGUGGACACCCCGGCGGACACCCUGGUGGACACCCCAGUGGACACCCAGUGGACACCCAGCGGACACCCCGGCGGAUACCCCGGCGGACACGCUGGUGGACACCCCGUCGGACACCCCAGCCCGGGGCCCUGUGAGACCCUUGGUUCGUCUCGUUCAAGCUUUUGUGGCCCUGACCUCGGGACGCCAGACGGGGCUUUGUCCCUGCCGCCCAGCCAGGCUGGGAGUGGUGGCCCUGGAGUGAGUUCCAAAGUCAUCUGCCGGGGACCCCCCCACUGGUGAGAGGGGUGACCGUCCAUCCAUCCGUCCGUCCGUCUCCCCUCCCCCCCAUCCUCUGUCCGUCUGUGCAUCCUGCUGUCCGGAGCCGAGCAGCGUGGUUGAGGGGCUCCCGGCUGGUUUCUAGAGACGUCUGUCUGCACCUUGGACCUGGGUCUCCGGGCUGCUCGUUCGUGAAGGACCCCUUGGCCCUUGGCACAAGCAAUACGGACCCCCACCCUGGGGCUCUCCCACGGGCGACCGGGUGGGCGCCUGGUCUAGGUCCCAGGAAUGAAUUGGCCCCCGGCUCCCUUCCCGGCCAGGUGCCUUCCUCCUGCCCGCCCCCCCCCCCCGCCCCCCCCCACCCCCACUCUGGGGUUCCAGGUGACGAUUCGGUUUUGUGUGAGUGUGUGGACAGCGGCGUGGAAGCGAAAAUCGACAUAUUUUUAUGUAAAGUUUUUCUAUUCUUUGAUUUUUAAUAAACUUUGGAAACCA